GUCAUAUCCAAUAUGGCUCAAAAAAGUUCUGAUCAACAGAUGCUCACUUUCGGCGAUGAAACACUUUAUGGAGAGGUACCAGACGAAUUCGGGUCAUUUCAAGGAAAAGUAGAAUGUGUUGAUGAGACGAUAGGAGACUUAACAGCACCGCCAGAGUCACAGUGGUACCAUGGACGCUUAGCACGCAAUGACGCAGAGGAGCGUCUUCACGAGGCAGGCAAUUAUGGCUGCUAUCUGGUGAGAGAAAGUGAGAGAAAACCAGGUUCAUAUGUCCUCAGUCAUCUUGGAAAAACAGGAAUCAAUCACUUCAGAAUUACAGCUUUAUGUGGCAGUCAUUACAUAGGAGGUCGUCAGUUUGAUUCCCUCUCAGAUCUACUUGGAUAUUAUACCAACUGGUCUGACCUACUGAAGGGAGAGAGACUCCACUUUCCUGUACCUCCUCCAGAGCCAGUGGAUGAUAAAAAGCGACUCAUUGCAAUACUCCCAUACAGCAGAAUUCCAGAAACAGAUGAAUUAAGCUUUCACAAAGGUGAUGUGUUCAUUCUGCACCAUGAGAUGGGAGAUGGCUGGUUAUGGGUGACAGACAUGAGGACCAUGAAGAGUGGAAUCGUCUACCAAGAUCUCAUGGAGGAUCUGAAUGGCAAUGUUGAUCCAGUGGAGGCCAUAGAUUGUUACCAUGGUGAUAUCACUUUAAAUGAGGCUGUUAUGAAACUUAAAAAAGCUGGACAUCUGAGCUACCUUGUUCGAUCCAGUGAGCACUCCCCAGGGGACUACACUCUCUGCUUUCUCACACCUGACAAAUUAGAGAGAUUUCGCAUAGAAAAGCAAGGACGACAAUUUCAAAUGGGAGGACGAUACUUCAACAGUUUAGAAGAAAUCAUAAACAGAUACCGCAAGGACAUGAUAAUUGAUGGUUACACACUUGGAAGGCCAGUUUGUAGGGUAAGGAGGGCAGACUCCGUGGCUUCAAUCCAAAGCCAGAUUUCCAUUGGUAAGCUUGAUAAGCGUGAUGUGUACGCAGGCAUGAGGCAAAGCAGUGGCUCUAACUUCAUGCUGUCCAGAGACACCAUUGUCAAAGCUGGCUUCAUGUUGAAAAAAAGUUCAAGAAGCAAGAAGUGGAAAUCAAUGUAUUUCGUUCUCAAUGCAACCCAACUACAACUCUUCUACUUUGAAAGUGAAAAGCGCUCAAAACCAAAAGGCCUCAUAGAUUUAAACUAUGCAUCUCUAUACCCAGUACAUGAAAGCUACUAUGACAGAAGGAAUGUCUUUCAGCUUGUAGUUCAAGCUUUAAACCAUUUCUCCAUAUACUACCUCUCAGGGGACACGUCUGAAUCAGCUCAGGAAUGGAUCAGUGAGCUGAAGCCUUUCUGUGUAAACACUAAAUCCAAGAAGCAACUGACUAAGAAGCAAUCUGGCGCCUCUCUUAAGGAAUUCCGCAGUUUACAGGUUGAAAUAAUUGAAGCCCAGAAAGUGCCAGUGAAGCAGCUGUCACAUCCGUACUGUGUGCUGUCCAUAAAUGAUGUGAAAGUGUGUCGCACUCAGACAAAGGAGAUUUGUGCCAAUCAGACCAGUGUUGUUUGGGAGGAAGAGUUCUAUUUAGAGGAUAUUCCACCAGAUAUUGACACAUUUACAGUCACAAUAAGUAACAGAGGACGUAGGUCUAAAGACACUGAUGUAGUGCAAUAUAGUAUGCCACUGACGAGCCUACCAAAUGGAGAGCAGUGUGACGAGUGGCACAUGUUGUCCCCCAUCAACAUGCAGACUAAGAGUGAAAUGGGAAAUAUUCGGCUAAGGGUCAGAUUUCUCCAUGAGGUCAUAAUGCCUUUGAAGGAGUACACUGCACUGAAGGAGCUGAUCUUGGCCAAAGAUUUCUUGGCAGUGUUUGCCCUGGCAGAGAUAAAGACCACUGAUAGGAUCCCCCUCGCAAAGGCACUACUCAGGGUGUUCAGGCAUGAGAAAAGGGAACAACUUCUGUUAAAAACCAUGAAUGAAAUGGAAAUUCGCAAAGAAGACACAGCUGCCACUUUAUUCCGGGCGACUUCACUUGCCACAACACUGAUGGACCAGUACAUGAAAAUGACAGCUUUGGGUUUUGUCACAAGUGCCUUACACGACUCUAUACUAAAAAUCACUGAAAGUAAACAGUCUUGUGAAAUCAACCCAGACAUGCUGGACAAUCAGGCAGACCGUGCCAACAAUUUGGACCUCUAUAAAUAUUUGCUCACUGAUACAAUGGAAUCCAUCUUUAGGUCCAUAGACACAUGCCCUAUAGGCUUACGCUAUUUGUGUGGUUGUCUGCAGCGAAGUGUUGAUGAAAAAUGGCCAGAAGACACAAGCGUACGUACAAGAGUAGUCAGCGGUUUCAUAUUCCUACGUCUUCUCUGUCCAGCCAUUCUGCAUCCAAAGACAUUUAACCUCAUAACAGAGACACCAUUAACAGCAUCCUGUAGAGCCCUCAAGUUAAUCGCAAAAAGCCUUCAAAACUUGAGUAACCUUGUUGAGUUCGGAGCGAAGGAACCAUACAUGACGGCAAUUAAUCCAUUUAUCGUAACAAACAAAAGCAGAAUGGUAGAAUUCCUAGACAAAUUAUCGAAUGUUCCUGAUCCACCAGUUGUGACAAGUCACUUUAAGACUGACAUGGCGCGAGACCUUGCAACCAUUCACCAGAUCUGCCACACCCACCUUGCUGAUGUUAAACGCGUUUCUCAAACCCAGACGUUGCUCAAAAAACUUGUUGUUGCCACAGAACUCUUAACCAAAGAGAAUAGUAAUUCAGCCAACACAAAGUUAAAGGGAAAUUCUUAA